CAAAUACAAAUGCACUUAUAGUUCUCUUUCACGUUUCAUACAUCUUUCCAUCAUUGACAGAGCUUCGUCGCAAACAGAUGGAUAAAAAAGAUGGGAGUUGUGCGACUCAACUCAUUGACGGGGAUGGUAACUUCAAUGACGUCGGAAUUGACAAUUUCAUGAAGGAAGUCAAGCUUGCAGAAUGUGGACUGUCAUAUGCCGUAGUAUCAAUAAUGGGUCCACAGAGUAGUGGAAAGAGUACAUUGUUAAAUCAUCUAUUUAAAACAAAAUUUCUAGAGAUGGAUGCUUUUAAGGGAAGGUCACAAACAACUAAAGGUAUUUGGAUGGCUCAUUGUGCUGGGAUUGAGCCUUGCACACUUGUAAUGGAUUUAGAGGGCACUGAUGGAAGAGAGCGCGGAGAGGAUGAUACUGCAUUUGAGAAGCAAAGUUCCUUGUUUGCCCUUGCUGUUUCUGAUAUAGUUCUAAUAAACAUGUGGUGCCAUGAUAUUGGUCGGGAGCAAGCAGCAAACAAGCCUCUGUUGAAAACCGUUUUCCAGGUCAUGAUGCGAUUAUUUAGUCCCCGUAAAACAACCUUGCUGUUUGUUAUACGUGAUAAAACAAGGACACCUCUUGAAAAUUUGGAGCCUGUUUUGAGGGAAGAUAUUCAGAAGAUAUGGGAUUCUGUCCCAAAGCCAGAAGCUCACAAAGAAACUCCUAUAAGUGAAUUUUUUAAUGUUGAGGUGACAGCUCUUAAUAGUUUUGAAGAGAAAGAGGAACAAUUCAGGGAGCAGGUGGCUAACCUAAGACAACGGUUCUUUCACUCUAUUGAGCCUGGCGGGCUUGCUGGAGAUAGGCGGGCAGUUGUUCCUGCUUCAGGUUUUUCAUUUAGUGCACAGCAGAUAUGGAAAAUUAUAAAAGAAAACAAGGAUCUUGAUCUUCCUGCACACAAGGUUAUGGUGGCCACUGUACGAUGUGAAGAAAUUUCCAAUGAAAAAUAUGCUGCUUUUUCUGCAAAUGAGGAAUGGUGUCGACUAGAGACAGAAGUUCAAUCUCAUCCUGUGCCAGGAUUUGGGAAGAUGCUCAGUUCAAUACUGGCUACUUGUCUGUCUGAGUAUGAUGCUGAGGCCACAUUCUUUGAUGAAGGUGUAAGAGUGGCAAAAAGAAAAGUGUUGGAAGAUAAAUUGUUGCAGCUUGUCCAACCGGCCUACCAAUCCAUGCUGGGACACGUGCGAUCUGAGGCUAUGGAAAGAUUCAAAGAAGUGUUCAAUAAUGCAUUGAAUGGAGGGAAGGGCUUUGCCGUGGCUGCUUCUGAGUGCAGUGAGUCUUGUUUGGUGCAAUUCAACGAAAGAUGCAAAGAUGCUGCCAUUGAACAAGCUAACUGGGACUCAUCUAAAGUAAAGGAUAAGUUCAGGCGUGAUCUAGAUGCCCAUAUUGCUGCAGUCCGUGCUGCCAAGUUGGCUGAACUUACAACACUUUAUGAGAAAAAACUGAAUGAUGCAUUAUCUGGACCUGUUGAGUCUCUAUUGGAUGGAGGUAGUGAUGAUACAUGGCCAGCAAUAAGAAAACUACUAAAUCGUGAGACUGAAACAGCAGUCUCUGGUGCUUCUGCUGCACUUUCUGGUUUUAAGAUGGAUGAAGAGGCCCAUAAUAAUAUACUUUCAAAAUUGAAGGAUUAUGCUAUAGGCGUGGUUGAAGCAAAGGCAAAGGAAGAAGCUGGAAGGGUUUUGAUCAGUAUGAAGGAGAGGUUUUCAAGAUUAUUUAGUCAUGAUUCUGAUUCAAUGCCUAGAGUCUGGACUGGAAAUGAAGACAUCAAAGGAAUUACCAAAACUGCUCGUUUAUCUUCUUUGAAGAUACUCUCAGUUAUGGCCGCAAUCCGAUUGGAGAAUGAAGCUGAUAAUAUUGCAAAAAUUUUGACACUUGCUUUAUUGGAUGGUAAAUCAGCGUCUACUGGUAAUAAAAGUAUCACAACAUAUGACCCUCUUGCCUCAAGCACUUGGGAUGAGAUUCCUUCACCGAAAACAUUGAUCACACCUGUCCAGUGCAAGAAUUUGUGGAGGCAAUUUACGACUGAGACCGAAUAUACUGUCACCCAAGCUAUUUCUGCUCAGGAAGCUAGCAAGAGAAACAACGAUUGGCUACCACCUCCAUGGGCAAUUCUUGCCUUGGUUGUUCUGGGAUUCAAUGAAUUUAUGACACUUUUGAGAAAUCCUUUCUAUUUGGCUUUUAUAUUUGUGGCGUUCCUGCUUCUAAAAGCACUCUGGGUUCAACUAGACAUUGCUGGUGAAUUCCGCAAUGGAGCACUUCCUGGAAUUAUUUCUUUAUCAACAAAGAUUGUUCCAACCGUGAUGGACAUCCUAAGACGCCUAGCAGAUGAAGGAGCAGCGCGCCCAGCAGCUAAUGCUCAGAACCCGAAUUCUACUGGCCGCAAUUCUUCCAAGAGGAACUCGAGGAGCGAUUACUCCGGCGCCGAAUCGUCGUCCAGUGCUUCAUCUGAGGUUGGUUCUUCAGAAAGCAACUCUGCCUUCACUAGCCCAAGGGAAAGCAAGAGGCACUAAAAGUUGUAUCGUUUUGUGUCAUCUGAUCUGCAUUUGACACACCGCACCGCAUCCCACGGUUUUGGUCAUUGGGUUUCAGUGUUUCACCCUAAUCCCAAGGAGAUUUAUUCUUUUAUUUAUUUAUUUAUUAUUAUUAUUAUUAUUAUUAUUAUUAUUAUUUACAUUUGGGCAGGGUUGUUUGUAAGCCGCUAGAUAGAACUAUCCUGCCAUGUUUUUUUUUUUUUUUUUUGGAAGUUGUUUAUCCAGUAGGGUGUUGCCUAUGAUAUUGUCCAGCGAGAGGCAAAAUAACAUUGUGUUUUGUUUUGUAAAAUGUUUAAUUUCUGUUCCCAUAAACCUCAUA